GCCGAGGAGGCCGGGCCGGGGCGGGGACCUGAGGCCGGGGGCCGAGGCCUCCUGGCGGGCGAAGGAACCUCCCCCUCUGCCCGGCGCGCGUUGCUCGCUUGUGCAGAAACUAUUCCCCCUCUGAGCGAGCAAGUUCGGCAUUCCUUUGGCGGAGACCGGUGGUAAGCUCUGAGAAUGACAGAGGAGGACAAGCAAGAUCAUUCCGCAUUUGCACUGGUGGAGGUAAAUGAUAGCAAAUGGAAUCAUCAUCCGAGAAUCUUAUUGGAACCUGUAGAAAAGAGCACAAACUUCACGGCCUGGGUGGCGAAGAAAGUGAAAAAACAAUGCAGUUGCACCCCAGCUAAAGCCAAAGAGCUGAUCUUCAGUUUUCUCCCAGUGCUGAAGUGGCUUCCGAAAUACAACUUGAAAGAGAACCUUCUGGGGGAUGUGAUGUCUGGACUGAUUGUGGGAAUCUUGCUGGUGCCACAGUCCAUUGCCUACUCCUUGUUGGCUGGUCAAGAACCCAUCUAUGGUCUGUAUACAUCAUUUUUUGCAAGCAUCAUUUAUUUUCUGUUUGGAACAUCACGUCACAUCUCUGUUGGCAUUUUCGGUGUACUUUGUCUGAUGGUGGGCGAAGUAGUGGACCGUGAAGUACACAGAGCUGGCUAUGAUUCAGAAUUUAUCAGUCAUCAUAUGAACAAGUAUGUUUAUGCAAGUAACAACAGCACAGUGGGGCCUUUGACUGUGAACCAGACAUCACACAUGUUAUGUGACAAAAGUUGCUAUGCAAUCACCGUUGGAGCCACUGUGACUUUCAUCGCUGGGAUUUACCAGGUUGCCAUGGGUUUCUUCCAAGUGGGCUUUGUCUCUGUGUAUCUCUCUGAUUCCUUGCUCAGUGGAUUUGUCACAGGUGCUUCCUUCACCAUCCUUACCUCACAGGUUAAAUACCUAUUGGGUCUAGAUAUUCCUCGGAGCCAUGGUAUUGGUUCCUCUAUAAACACAUGGGUAAACAUAUUUAAAAACAUCCACAAGACCAACUUCUGUGACCUUAUCACAAGCUGCUUGUGCCUUCUGGUUCUUAUCCCAACGAAAGAGCUGAAUGAGAAGUUCAAAUCAAGACUUAAGGCUCCCUUGCCUGUUGAGCUCUUGGUGGUGGUGGUAGCUACGGUGGCAUCUCAUUUUGGGAAGUUGAAAGAGAAAUAUGGCUCCAGUGUUUCUGGACACAUCCCGACAGGUUUUCUUCCACCACAACCACCAGAUUGGAAUCUAAUGCCAAGCGUGGCUGUAGAUGCGAUAGCCAUAGCCAUUAUCGGCUUCGCCAUAACUGUGUCUCUCUCGGAGAUGUUUGCCAAGAAGCAUGGCUACACAGUGAAACCUAACCAGGAAAUGUAUGCCAUUGGUUUUUGCAACAUCAUCCCAUCUUUUUUUCAUUGUAUCACAACCAGUGCAGCCCUUGCCAAGACACUUGUGAAAGAAUCAACAGGUUGUAGGACUCAGGUAUCUGGUUUGAUGACGGGCUUGGUCAUCUUGUUAGUCCUUCUUGUGAUUGCCCCCCUGUUCUUUUCACUCCAGAAAUGUGUGCUAGGAGUCAUAACCAUUGUCAAUCUCAGAGGAGCUUUAAGAAAAUUUAGGGACCUCCCUAAAAUGUGGCGAUUAAGCAAGGUGGACACUGUGAUCUGGAUAGUCACCAUGUUAUCUUCAGCUCUGAUAAGUACUGAACUUGGUCUUCUAAUUGGGGUCUGCUUUUCAAUGCUGUGUGUCAUUUUGCGGACACAGAGACCAGAAGGGCAGCUCCUGGGCUGGGUGCCGGAAUCUGAAAUCUAUGAACCACUUCCGGCUUACAAGGACCUUAAGACUAAACCAGGCAUCAAGAUUUUUCGAUUUGAAGCACCCAUCUACUAUGCUAAUAAAGAGAGCUUUAAGUCCAUGCUGUACAAGCGGACUGGCAUCAACCCUUUAUGGGAACUAGCAGCAAAGAAAAAGCUAGAAAAAAGAAGGCUUAGUGAGAAAACAGCCAAUGCCAAUGGAAACCAAGGGGAGACCUCGGUGGAGCUUGUCACUCAGCCUUUGGAGUUCCAUACCAUAGUGAUUGAUUGCUGUGCAGUGCCGUUCUUAGAUACAGCUGGAAUCAACACACUUAAAGAGGUUCACAAAGAUUAUGGGGAAAUUGGCAUCCAAGUACUGCUGGCUCAGUGCAAUCCCUCUGUGAGGGAUUCCCUUCAACGAGGAGAGUAUGCGAAAAAGGAGGAGGAAGCAUUUUUCUUCCACAGUGUGCACCAAGCUGUGGAAUAUGCAUUAUGUGCUUAUAGCAAGAACGGGUGUUCUGGUGUGUAAGUGAAGCUUUUGUACUCAAUAUUAGCCAAAUUCAGGCAGAGCUUGGAAACAUUAGGGGUUUGUGUAGGGUUUUUUUUGUUUGUUUUGUUUUUCGGAUAACAUAUCCCAGAAACCCCAGUCAAAAUGGCCUAUGAUUUUAGUCCAAAAAACUAAUGUUUGCAAGCUCUGGAUUCAGGUAAUGGCAUAUCUGUGUGUCUGACCAUGCUGGCCAUGCACUCACACAGGUGUAAAGGGCUAUUUGUAAUAUUCAUAUGCUUGUACAAAAUCCUAAUUUUUUAUUCUUUCAGAAAGUAGUAAUGGCCAGUGGUGGGUAAGGUGAGCGGCUGUAUCUGCAACAUUCAUGGUUCACAGUCAAUGAUCCUAUCAAUGUAUUCCAUGUUCCAUAUAUUUAUCUUUGCAUUGAUGUGUUUUGGGGCAAAUAGUGCCAUCUUUCUGGAUGGUACUUUACUUCAGUAGAGUAUAGUUUAGAUUCUAAAAUAAGUGAUCCGAAGAAUGUUCAUGGAGGAGAUUUUUGUUGUUGUUGUUGUUCUUUGCAUCUAUUUGCUCUCCCUGGAAAGCCAGUGUCAAGAGGAGAGUUCUGGGUAGGACAUGCCUGAGGAUGGAAGCAUUGCUUCAAAUCACAUGGAACUUCACCUGUUUAGGAGAUACCUUCCCUUACUGCAGUGUGGGAUACCCUUCCCAACAUUAUUGAGGAGAGUGCCCAUAAUCCCUAGUGAUGCUUUUUUGGGAGGUGUCAGUGGAAGGGGGAAGGCAUGAUGGGAGAACAGAAUUUCACUUCUGUGAACCUUCUCCCAUUCACUUACCUUGUGAUCAAAACCUGUCUGAUUUUGUUGAGGUGCUCGUCAACUAAUUACUUUCCACAACUUAGGGUAGAGCAAUUAAUUUCUGACUUUUCUAACCCCAUUAUCUGGCCAGGAAAUUACUGAGAGUGAUGUAGCUUAGUUACAGCCUAACCUUCACACAUUUUGCUGAUGAGCAAAAGCCAAUCAUAAGUGCCUUUACUAAAAUUUCAACUCUGGGAAAGAACACAUUGUCAGCAGUUUUAUAAUGGACAGUUUUAGAUGUGUUAAUUCCUUAUGUACAAAGCAGGCUAAAUAUUAAGUGUAUUAACAUUCUUUGUAAGUCAAACACCAGUCAUUCUUUUAAGAAGACAAAGGGAGGGUGAGUACAUGAUAAAUAAGAAUUUCUACCCUUCCCCCUGCAACAAAGAGGUUUCCUCUGUAAGCUGGCCACUAUUGCAUAUGACAGCUACUGAGUAAUAAUUCUCCACGUGCAGAAAUCCAUUGCCCUUUUAUUAUGUUACUCCUAGUCCACACAAAAAUAAGAUACUUCAGUUAUUUUCAAUUUUUCACAGGAUAUGUAUGUAAAAUGCAACUAAAUGUAUGACUAAAUAAAAAAUACACCUGUUUAGAAAUGAGCAUGAACCACUGGCUUGGUGGUUUGUUUAUUGGCUCAACAGGUGUUUGGCGCUUCCCAGCUCCAUUUCCUCCUAAGGAAUUUUAAGAGAGAUUUGACAAACAGUCUGUUAAUGUUCCUAGGAGAUCUUGUUGAUCAAUCAGAUCAAAGGUUUAUCUUGUUCCCAUCAUACUAGGCAUGGAUGUAACCCACUUUAACUAUUAUCCCUCAAUGACUACUGUUCACAGGCAUAUAUACAGUAAUAACCAGCUUAGCAUUCAGGAUGCACUCCAAGAAAAUUGAGUGCUAACUGAAUUAGCACCAAACAGAGCAGUUUAGCAUUGUACCUGAUGACAGGGGUUUCAAGGUCCAGUCUACCUCUAGCUUGGGCCCAGAUCUCCUGGAAGCCUGUUCAGCUCCUUUAGGUAGACCAGGCCUCCAUCAAGCACAAAAUGGCUGCCUAGACAUGGAUAAUAUAAUGAAUCAGCACUGUAUGGGGAUACAUUAUAUAUAAGGAAUUAUUGUACUGCCUUUAACAUGCUGGCUGGGAGAGCUUGAAACCUAUUGAUUGAGAAAAGUAAUGUUUCCAAGCUCUAUCAUCAUGUCUAAUAGCAGCUAUCAGUGGGCAUUUCCUUCUUGAAUUUCUCUAGCCUUAAAAACAAACCAAAGAAAAGAACCAGUGGCUGCCACCACAUCUUGUGAUUGGGAAUUCUGUAAGUUCUCUGUAGGUCACAAAAAAGUACUUCUUUUUAUUAGCUAAUAACCUACUCCUAUCAUUUUUAUUGAAUGACUCUGAAUUCUGGUAUUCUGAAUCUUACAACACUAAAGUGUAUAGCUAGAUUCCUAGGGCAGAGGUUAACCAGCAUCUCUAUGGCACAGAUGUAUUUAAAUGAAUGAGGAUUGUACAGCUUCCCCCCACCCCAAAUUUGGGGUGGUAUACUCAAAGAUUAAGUGUAUACAGUUCUGGGCUUUUACUAGGACUUCAUCAGAGUAGAUAGUGAAUAUUCUUCAUCUUUUAAAAGACAAUUAACCUUUUUUUUAAUAGAAAGAAGGCUUUCAGGGCUUUUAAGAUUACCAUAAAUUACUUUGGAGCAGUAGUUUAAAAAUGAAAGAAUAACCAACAAAACAGAUUAGGCCUGUCCAGUCCAGAUUCUCUUGUGUAUUACAAAAUAGUACAUUGGAAGCCAUUAGGAAGAUAAGAAUCUAUUACUUGUCACCUGAAGGCCCCUUGUACUGCCAAAAGACAUUUAUGCCUUUUUCUCUAUUUUGCUCUUAAACAGUGUUUUUUGUAGAAAGAAAAAAAAGGCAGGUUAAGUGAUGGGAAAACAUGAGAGGAUUAUAAAUUCAAGUGUUAUUGGCUGGACUCCCCCUCCCCUUUUAAAAAAAUCCCAUUGAUCAGGCCGGUUCAUUCAAGUCUUGAGUCGAAUGCGCCGAUACAUCGAGGAAAGAUUUUGCUCUUGAUUUUUUUUAAAAAAAUUUUUUUUAUUGAAACAAACAAAAGGUAAACUUAUUAUGGUUUGUCUCCUGUUCUUUGAAGGAAGACAGUUUCAAUAUCCAGGAGAAUAACUACAGUUAUAUCAACCUCUGGUGUUUUGGGAAUUUUCCAUUUUGCUUCUGUUAGAGAAUCACAGUUAAAACGCCCUCACAUUAGUUUCCAUGGCCACCACAUUUAUUAUAUUCCUACCGAAACGUUGUGUUUAAGGUAGGGUUUUCACUCUUUUCCACAGAAGGAUUUUAUCUUUAUUGCUGCAUUGUGGAUGGAAGCACACCAGGCAAAAGGUCUUCUGUAAAUACCCUUUUUCUAAGCAAAGUCAGACUUUUUUUU